GACGAUCUUUGCCGUUCGCCUUGUCAACAGACGAGGAGACAACGACUCUGUUCGCUAGCCUAGCUUCCAUUUUAGCAGUUGCAUGCCACAAUAACGUUUCCCGGUUUAACAAAAACACGAAGAAAAGAACGACCUGUACUGGACAGUUUGACGGGCAGCGACGGGGUGUUGUAGGACACGCUCAUGGAGGAUUAAAGCCCACGAAUGGAAACCGAGAGGAGGGGCUUUGGAGAUGACGGUGGAGGAGAGCGUGGCCUGCUCCAUAUCUGGAAGGGCUACUCUUACAGUGUGGCUCCCGAGAAACUGAUCCUUUCCCAAUCUGUUCUCCAUGUAGCUCUGGGCAAAAAUCAUGGCGUUUUGCUGGUGCAAGGUGGUCAGGUGUUCACUUUCGGGUACUGUCCAUGGAAGCAGAGUCAAGUGGGGGGGUUUGCGGCACCCACUUUGGAGGCGGCGCUCAGUGGACAGCGGGUUGUCGCUGUAGCUGCUGGAAGCUUACACAGUGGGGCGGUCACAGAGGGUGGCAGUGUCCACAUGUGGGGCGACAACAGUGCCGGACAGUGUGGCUUGUCAGGUCUCAGCACCGUCCCCAACCCAACUCCAAUCGCUCUGACAGACUCUGACUGUAGCUCCUUGCCGACAGUGCCUGUACUGGAGCUCGCCUGUGGGGAGCAGCACACGUUGGCGCUCUCGGUCCAGCAAGAAGUGUGGGCUUGGGGCAGCGGUUGCCAGCUGGGACUCAGUGCCACAGUUUUUCCUGUCUGGAAACCUCAAAAGGUGGAGCUCCUGGCAGGCCGGUUUGUACUUCAGGUUGCCUGCGGGGCUUCCCACAGCCUGGCACUGGUGCGCUGCUUGGGCCCCCAGGACAUCCAACGGCCCCCUCCAGACAAAUGUGGGCAAUGUAAGCAGUUGCUGUACACUAUGACAGACAAGGAGGAUCAUGUCAUCAUCUCUGACAGUCACCUCUGCCUGCCUUCCUUGGAGCAUCCUAGUGAUGAUGAGAGGCUUAAAGCAUCUUCUAUACCAACUGGGCUGAAGACAUUUCCAUCAGAGCCUGCACUUUCCUCCAAAAACUCUGCAUCACCCCUUCAAUUGGAGUCUCCUGCACCUGUCAAUAACAAUGACCCCUACCACAGUCAAAAUUUGGAGAGUCAGGAGUCAACUUUGCCUGGGGAGAAGUUGCCUGUUUCAGUCUUUGACCCUUCAGGGUCCAACUCUAGUGGGACCACUACUAUCAAAUGUUCCCCCUAUCCAGAUGAGCAGGCAGUCAAAGAUUACCUGAAGAAGCUCUCAGAUAACACUCAGGCUGAAAAAACACCAAAGGUGUCAAUUAGAGGACUGCAUACCCUGCUGCCCUCAGCAGCCGGAAUCAUCAGCGCCUCAUCCAACAGCACCUUCAACAACCUGGUUGCCUCAUGCGCUUCAGCAGUUGGUGAAAGAGUUGCCUCCACUUAUGAGGCAUUGUCCCUCAAAAAAAUGAUGAAUCUCUAUCUUCCCACUGGAGCAUUGUCAACCAAGGCAAGCGGGCCAGUCAGGCUAACGGGGUCUGUUCGUGGAGCGGGUGACAACACCACAGAGCGUGUCAAAGAGGAAGACUCUGUGCGGGCCAAGAAGAGUUCCAGUACAGGGGAUAUCCAUGAGGAGGAGGCGGAACGCAUCCACCGCCGCCUCUCACUACCAGGACUCCUCUCACAGGUGUCUCCACGGCUGUUACGUAAGUCUAGGUAUUCAAAGAUAGAGGCCGCAUCGCUGACGUCAUCAGGAAUGGCAGCCCCGGCGGAUAAAGCGGUGCUCCCCUCCCUGCAAACAGAGGUGUGGAGCUGGGGCCAUAGUGAACAUGGGCAGUUAGGCCAUGGGGACAACUUGAAUAGAUUCCAUCCAGUCUGCAUCAAAAGUCUCAGUGGAAAGGAGGUGGUACGAGUGGCAGCCGGUGCUCAUCAUUCCCUCGCUCUUACUGCCCAGUCGCAGUUAUUUUCAUGGGGAACUAAUAGCCAGGGUCAACUGGGCCACAUGGAGUUCCCGACCACAGUCCCUCGCCUCGCCAAGCUUUCAGAAGGAAUCCGGGUCUGGGAUGUAAGCGGUGGAGAGCGUCACACUCUUCUGCUUGCUGAUGGGGACUGCAUCCAGCCUAUCAUUUAUUACAGUGGUGAACAGGUCAAGGAGGACACUGAGGAGAGUGGCAAAAAGAAAGAAGAGGAGGAACUGUAUGACAGCUACACCCAGCAGCCAGUGCUGCUUCCCUUCUGCAUGAAUUUGGGAUUUGUGAGCAGCGUAUUUGCUGGUGGCCGACAGUGUGUGGCACUCUCAGACAAGAACGUGAUGGGCUUCAUCGCCAGCUUCCAUGAGUUGGCAUCAGCUGAGAGGAAGUUCUACAGCAAACUAUGUAGCAUCAAGACACAGGUCUUAAGCCCUUUGCUGGAUCUUGAAUCUCUGAGUGCCAAUCUUGGCCCCAUGAUCCUUAGGCUUCUGGAGACGCUUGCCAGUCAGUUUGGACAAUUGUGUCAUCUGACCGGCCAGCAUGCUGUCAGUGUCACUGCCAACCUUCGGCGCAGCCGCAGUAUUAAAAGUCUUUUUGUCCUCAACCACACCAGAAUCUUCCUCGACACCUACGAUGAAUACUGCAGCACUUUGGAUGACUUCCAAGUGAUGGGAGGCUUCUUGGCCUUAACUAAACCCUCACUAGAUUUGUUUGGAAAGAGCCUUGAGCUGCUCCAGAGGUUCGCAGAGUGCACUGAAGUGAACUUGACUGUGGCAGAACUCCUGGUAAUGCUAUUCUACCUCCCAGCACUUCACAUCCAAGAGUAUGGACGACUUCUGCUUAAGCUGGCCACAUGCUUUGAAGUGUCCUCCAAUGACUACCAGCGAUUGCAGGAGAGCUGCUCCAAGUUUGAAGCUUUGGAUCUGCUACUUAAGAAAAGAAGGAAGGAAGCUGAAUACACUUUUCUCUUCUGGAAAGGCUUCCCUGGAAAGAUGACGGACUCGCUACGAAAGCCUCACCGGCGGCUCAUCUGCGAGAGUAGCAACAAAGCUCUGACGCUGCAGAAUGCUGGAAGGUUCUCCGUCAACUGGUUCAUCCUUUUUAAUGAUGCUCUUGUCCAUGCACAGUUUUCCACUCAUCAUGUCUUCCCAUUGGCUACACUUUGGGUGGAGCCUAUUCCAGAGGACAACACUGGCCUGAGUUACGGGCUGAAACUGAUUACUCCGGAAGAGAUGUUUACCCUGCUAGCAAGCUCUGCCAUGGAGAAGGCUAAGUGGAUCCGCUGCAUGAACCAAGCAGUGGCUCAGGCCCUGAGCUUAGGUGAAGGACAAAAGUUUGAACCUCCCAUAUGUCGGAGCGCCACCUACACCUUUUACAAAGAUGGACGGCUGAAAGAAGCAAUUUAUGAGGGUCGCUGGCUGGCCGGAAAGCCACACGGCAGAGGUGUGAUGAAGUGGCCUGAUGGGAGGGUUUACACAGGGUCAUUUAAGAAUGGACAGGAGGAUGGUUUUGGUGAAUUUGUGGCUCCAAAUAAGACCCUGAACAAGAACGAUCACUAUCAAGGUUUCUGGAAGGAUGGAAAAAUGCAUGGUGUGGGAACAUACAGAUAUGCAAGUGCUGAAGUCUACGAUGGAUCCUUCCAGGAUGGCCUGCGACAUGGCCACGGGAUGCUACGCAGUGGCAAGCUCAACACUUCCACCCCCAGCGUCUUCAUCGGCCAGUGGGUAAACGACAAGAAGACAGGCUACGGUGUCUUUGACGACAUCACCAAAGGGGAGAAGUACAUUGGCAUGUGGCAAGACAACAUGCGACAUGGCACUGGGGUUGUGGUCACGCAAUUCGGCCUUUACUACGAAGGAUCCUUCAAAGACGAUAAGAUGAUGGGCAAUGGGAUUCUUCUGUCCGAGGAUGAUACAACAUAUGAAGGAGAGUUCUCUGAUGACUGGACCCUUAACGGCAAGGGAGUGCUGACGAUGGGGAAUGGCGACUACCUGGAGGGGUCCUUCAAUGGUGAAUGGGGUGCUGGUCCCAAAGUAACUGGCUCCUACUUUAAGCCUCACCUCUUUGAAACAGACAAGGAGAAGGCUCGUCCUGUGAAGCUAGGCCGUCUUUGUGUGAGCGCUGAGGAUAAGUGGCAGGCAGUGUUUGACGAGUGUUGGAGCCGACUAGGCUGUGAGGCACCGGGCCAGGGAGACACCAGCAAGGCAUGGGACAAUAUUGCAGUGGCCCUCACUACCAACCGACGACACAUUCAAGACAGUCCAGAACUGCUGUCUCGGAGUCACAGCAGAACUCUGGAGAGUUUAGAGGUGAUCCCUCAGCAUAUAGGCCCCAUUACUGUGGCGCGAUAUCAUGCGAUCCAUCUUUAUCUCAUCAAGGCAUGUGACACCCCGCUGCACCCACUAGGCCGUCUUAUGGAAGCCUUGGUGGCCGUCUACAGGAUGACAUAUGUUGGCGUCGGAGCCAACCGCCGGCUCCUGCCGCAGGCUGUCAGCGAGUUGAAAUCUUAUCUUAACCGCAUCUUUCAGAUUGUAAGGUUUCUGUUCCCAGACUUGCCAGAAGAUGGCGGUAUAAUUAGAGAGCCAGCCAACGUUCAGGAGUCAGGCAUGAAAUUUGAUUGCUCGCCUGAAGAUGAGCCGUCAAAACAGAACAUAACCCAGAAUUUGGAGCAGUCCUUCCUCAGCCAUGUGGUGAGCAGCCUGGCUCUGCUGCUUCCUGUCCUGUUGCCUCGCCUCUACCCACCACUCUUCACGCUCUACGCUCUCGAUAAGGAGCGAGAGGAUGACGUCUACUGGGAGUGUGUCCUCCGCCUCAACAAGCAACCCGACCUAGCCCUGCUCGCUUUUCUGGGUGUCCAGCAGAAGUUUUGGCCUGUUUCAGUCUCCAUGCCAGCACCAGCGGAAAACCUGCAGGUUCUGUCCACCACCAAGGAUACUUGCUUUGCGUCUGCAGUAGAAACUCUCCAGCAAAUUAGCACAACUUUUACCCCAUCUGACAAGCUACAUGUGAUCCAGCUGACUUUUGAGGAGAUCACAAAGGAAGUGCAGUCACUUCUGAAGCAUGUCUUCCUUUGGUCCAUGGAUGACCUAUUUCCUGUUUUCCUCUAUGUGGUGCUGCGUGCUCGAAUCAGGAACCUUGGGUCAGAGGUCAACCUGAUCGAAGACCUCAUGGAUCCUUGCGUCCAGCACGGUGAGCACGGAAUCAUGUUCACCACUCUGAAGGCUUGUUACUACCAGAUCCAGCAUGAGAGGAUCACUUAAUGCAGGAGCUUCUUUCUUUUUGACUGAUCCGUGUGUUGUGGCUCCUCCUCCGCCAUCAGCCCCUGACAGGAGCUCAGCUGAGGUCACUAAGCAUUCCAUUUGCUUUUGAUGUUGAUAGGAGACCACUUUCCAUCCUUUGUGACUGUGAGCAGAUGUGAUAGUGUUACCAGUACAAAUCCACCACUUAAAACUGUCCAUAUGUGAAUCCAUGACAUCUCUUCAGAGUUUUCUGUAUGGGAUGUGGAGGUGGGGAGCAUUGUUAAUGGAUGACAAUUGAGUUUGCAACUCUAUAGUAAUAUCAUUUUUUUUUUUUUUAUAAUGUCAGAAGAUUUCAUUAAAUUUUAUUCCUAUGGACACUCUGUGGAGAUAUGCAGCCUGUACAAUGGUUCAAGCUGUAUUUUUCCCGAGCAGCAAAUAUUGGUGAUUGUUGUGACACAAUGUCACCCACGAAUGAAUUCAAAGGAAGCGGAAAAGUAUAGAAAGAACAAUCAAGGGGGGCAUGCAGGAUCUGUUAAUUUUUUGGCAUGUAGCUCUAUUACUAGAGGAGCUUUGAAGGAAGACACCAUUUUUUUUUCUUGUCUUUGCAUGUGGGUUGAAUACAAUGGGAAGAAAACAAUGGUUGAAUUGACAGACUGCAGUGUUUAGGUCCACAUUGUCAGUUUCAAAAAGAGCUACGGAAAGUAUACUGAAGAGACCUGAAGAGAAUAUGGAAAGUUGGUCUUCUGAGGAAAAAAAAAAAAAAAAAAAACUGGUGCAUGCAAAACCAUACUGAAAUGUUCUCUUUUUGAAUGCAAUCACUGCAUAGAUUUUUUUUUUUUUUUAUGUCAUGGGUCCUUUCCUUUGUGUCUCGGAUUUGCCCUGAAAGGGUUUGGGAGGGAUUUUUUUUUCUCCUCUGAUUAUUUUACAGUUGAAGUCAUUUAGUCGACUGCUGAGACCUGUAUUUCAAUGACACUAAAAACAGAUGCAGUAUUUCCUGUUCAUAUUUUUCUCGACUGUUAAGUUGCAUGUUGUGGAUGUGAAUUCCUACACCCCUGUUUGAAUGUAUUUAUUUUUUUGAUGUAAAAAAAUGAAACCAUGUUAAGUCAUCUUCAAAGCUUUUCCCACCAUUAAUAAUUCCUAAACAAUUGAAGUUAUUUUUGUGUGCGCACUCUAUUAUUACUUUUAUGCAUCUGUGUUCAGAAUCAACUAACCACAUUCGAACGCAACGGAAAUCCGAGUCAGCAUACACCUUCCACCAUUUAAAGUGCCUUUUAUUAACCCUAGAUAAAGUUCAGAAGUUCUAGUAGUCAUUUCCUAGCAUUUUCUUUGCUUUGGAGCAGAAACCUGAAGGUUCUGUGGUGACACUAAUGGUAUUUUGAACUUCAUAAUUCCCUUCACCUCCUUGAAGAAAAAUUGGCUCAAUACGUGAUGCGGCCGCCACCGUGCUUCUCUGUACGUAUGGUGAUGAGCAGUGUUGUGUUUGUGCCAGUAUACCUUUUGGAACUAUGGCCCAAACGUUUAACCUUGGUUUCUGUCUAACUUGGUUGUAUUGAUUAUAGGUCACAAUGCUGAAAAUGAAAUUUGUUUGUCCUUUUUUAUAUCACAAAAAAAAAAAGUUUAACCAGGGGUGUCUCGACAUUUUGUCCAUUUAAUGUGUAGUGAUAGAACAGUGAUGUGAAGGACAUUUUACCAGUGUUCUGGUUAAUAUGAAUCUUGUUUAUGAAGCACUAUUUAAUUUUGUCAUGAAAAUUAAUAAGAUGUGACAAUGUUUUUUGUUGAGCCGUGUUUGUUAUUCCAUAAUUUCCAACACUUGCCCAAUUAAACAUCU